UGAUUUUUUUUUUCUUCUAUCAACAAAAGCAAUCAAUCAACCACUCAAGUGCAUGAACCCAAGUAACCACCCUCCCCUUUAUAAACCCUUAUCCCUCCCCCUCCUUCUUCACUUGCACUUGGAUUGCAGAGUUUCUGAGAGAGUUAGAGAGUGAGAACAGUAACAGCAGCCAUGCCUUUCUCAGCUUCUCUUACCCUCAUUUCCAAAUGUACUGUUCUUCCUGAACAAAAAUCCUCAAUUGGGAAUCUGAAGCUCUCUGUGUCUGAUCUCCCCAUGCUCUCCUGCCAUUACAUCCAAAAGGGCGUUGUGUUCACUCGCCCUCCUCUCCCCAUCGACUCCCUUAUCUCCCUCCUCAAACGCGGCCUCUCCAAGACUCUGACCCAUUUUCCCGCUCUCGCUGGCCGUCUCGUCACUGACUCCGACGGUUAUGUAUUCAUAGCCUGCAACGAUGCUGGCGUCGACUUCCUCCAUGCCAAUGCUGCUCACCUCACCCUCCGCGACAUUGUCUCCCCCGCCCAUGUCCCCGACUCUGUCAAGGAGUUCUUCGCCUUCGACCGCACUAUCAGCUACGACGGCCAUUUCAAGCCCGUGGCCGCCGUUCAAGUCACAGAGCUGGCGGACGGAGUCUUCAUUGGGUGUUCCGUCAACCACGCGGUUACUGACGGGACGUCCUUCUGGAACUUCUUCAACACCUUUGCGGAGGUGUGCAGGGGUGUCAGCAAAAUCUCGAGGCCGCCGGAUUUUCGCCGCAAUUUCUUCAAAGGUUCUCUUGCGGUCCUUAGAUUCCCUGAGGGCGGCCCCAAGGUGACGUUUUCCGUCGAUGCCCCUCUGAGUGAGAGGAUCUUCCAUUUCAGCCGAGAAGCAAUUCUCAAGCUAAAAUCCAGAGCGAACGGAAAAGUUGACAACGAAUUCGCAAUCGAGACUGAAAUUUUGGGUAAGCAAAGUAAUGACGGGUGGAAGCCCCAUGGCGAUAACCACAACCACCCGAACGGGAAGAUUGCCUCUGUUCUUGGGAGCUGGCUGCGAAACGCGGUCUCGAAAUCUCAAUACACGGAAACGGAAAGCAAGAGCCCCGAUCAAACAGUCGAGAUUUCAUCCUUCCAGUCUCUCUGCGCUCAGCUAUGGCGUUCGGUCACACGAGCGAGAAAGUUUCCCCCUUCCAAGGCAACCACUUUUCGGAUGGCUGUGAACUGCCGCCAACGAAUCGAACCGAAGGUCGAUCCGUACUAUUUCGGGAACGCGAUCCAGAGCAUUCCUUCUGUUGCUUCUGUUGGGGAGGUCCUUUCCGGGGAUCUGCGGGCGUGCGCAAUUCUGCUGAACCGAAACGUGGUGGCGUACAACGACGCUACCGUGCGCCGCGUGGUGGAUGACUGGGAGAAGAACCCCCGCUGCUUCCCACUAGGGAACUUCGACGGUGCAAUGAUCACCAUGGGGAGUUCUCCCAGAUUCCCUAUGUACGAUAACGAUUUUGGGUGGGGCCAACCGAUGGCCGUCCGAAGCGGGAGAGCGAACAAGUUCGACGGUAAGAUAUCGGCGUUUCCAGGGCGGGAAGGCGGGGGAAGCGUUGAUCUCGAGGUGUGCUUGGCUCCCGAAACGAUGGCGGGGCUAGAGAACGACUCCGAAUUCAUGCAGUAUGUGUCGUAGCUCCUAGGAGACAUGACCCAUUCACCCAUAGAAAGUUUUGUGCUUUAACCGUCCGAUCGUGUGAAUAAGGUUACUACUGUUCACCGAAGAAACUCCCACAGGCCACAUUUGUUGCGAUCUUGAUGCAAAUGGACGGUCUGAUUCGUUUCAAGAGAGAACCGUGAAUGGCUUUUAGUUUUAGACGACGAGAAUCCGUCCAUUGCCGAUGUAUGGUGUGUUACUGUUGGCCUGUUGGGUUUGGGUUGUUUCUUCCCCAUCUGACCCGAAGUUGCGGUUGGCGCCUCGAGCCUUCGGCGUCUUGAUCUUGUCUUAAAAAAUUAAAUAAGAUUUGAUAACAUGUAAUCGUGCUACAUUGUACUCAAUAAGCACUAAUCUCAGAGCACCUCCUUUCGACCGUCCGUUCA